AUGUUGACCAAAUACUUCGGCACAGAGUAUCCAAAAGAGAUGUGGCUGGGCGGAUCCGUCCGUCGAACGACGUCACGCCUGUUUGUGCUCUCGUGGAUCGACGGUCUCAAAUUUGCCUAUCAUCGAUUCCCGAACACAGAGAGGAAACGCUGGCAAUCCAACUGGCGUUUGAACAGCCAGGGGUGCAUCGUGGCCAACAUGCAAAGCGAGGGGCUUGGAAGUUGGACUGCAGAGUUGACCCCAUGCUCCGAACCCCGAGGAUUCGUUUGCAAAGAGAGUGUGCAACCACCGCGGCAACAACAGGAGUCGGACCAGACGCACAAUUUGUUGAUGCCACAUUUGCUUGAUUUUUCGACUCUUAUACGUUCGGUUCUAGCACGUCCCUUUUUCCUCUCUCCAGUUGUUCCCCCUGAAGUUCCGCAAGAUAGACGGCGCGCUGUCCACAUGGAGGCACACAAAUCCGAAGGCCCGGUUGAUCACGCGAUACGACUACCACUUUCAACCACCACUGUGGAGCCAGUGACUUUUGCAGCUCAACCAAAUUCAAUAACAGCUACGAUGAAUACCACAACAGCUGGUCGUCUAGAGGACCAAGCAGCGCAAGAGUCGGAAGUGACCACUCCCCCCAUCUCAACGACCGAGAAUUCCAUGGCAUCGGAGACUAACGUAGCCGAGAAGCCAAGCUCAACUAGCACUACAGCAGCUACGCUUGCCUCACAGCCUGUUCGAAGGGAACCACGGAAACCAACCUUUAAAGUGUUUCCGGCAACGGAGAACGCGAAGAAGAGAGUUCGCCGAUCAUCGACGACCACAUCUCAAUCUCCAUCCCUACCCAAGGUAGCAGCCCAAAUGAUUUAUCCUCAGACCGUAUGGGAUUUGACCCACCCGGAAGAACCUAAAUUGUUGCCUGAGAAGGUUGAAUAA